GCCCAUAAAGGGGCCCAAACAGAUCGUCUUCUUAAUACAAAAGGGCACCGAAGUCAAAAUUCUCGCCGUAGCUUGCAUUGCAGUCGAUCGAACCAAAUGGAUAUUCCGAUAACCGGCGUUUUCUCUCUCUACGUUUCUCUGUGUCUCCUCCUCCUCCGCCUCUCCGUCGUCUCCGGCUUCUCUCCCAUCGACCACUACCUCAUCGACUGCGGAGCUUCCGAAGCCACCACCCUCGACGCCUACCACCGCCGCUUCACCGGCGACGCGUCUGAUCUCGGAUCGGGCUUGCUGUCCGCAACUCGGACGUUCGCGAUCGCUGAAUCAAGCCCCUCGGUCAAUUUGCCCCCAAUUUACCACACGGCUAGGGUUUUCACCAGACCCUCGAAGUACGCCUUCAGGAUCAGAGACAAAGGGACGCACCUGGUACGUCUUCAUUUUCGCCGGUUCGAUUCGUCGAAUUUCGAAUUUUCAGAUUCUCAGUUUCAUGUUUCGGCAAAUGGCUUUGUUUUGUUGAACAAUUUCACCGGCAUGGACACACAAACACCUAAAAUUAAGGAUUAUAUGAUUUGGGUCGACACUGACGUCCUUCGUAUUACGUUUACGCCGUCGAGAAAAUCGAAACUUGCGUUUGUGAAUGCGAUUGAGGUUAUCUCUGCGCCGAAAGAUUUGAUUGCUGACGUUGCCCAAUUCGUAAAUUCUAAGAAAAGCGAGAAAAUUAAUGGCUUAAUGAAGAUUGCUCUUGAAGCUGUCUAUAGGGUUAAUGUAGGAGGCCCCAAAGUGACGCCCUUUAAUGAUUCUUUAUGGAGGACUUGGGUCCCUGACAAUGAGUUCUUGAAAUUGAGUGAUGGAUCGAAGAGGGUUUUCUCCAGCGCUCGGAUUAAGUAUCAAUUGGGAGGGGCAAGCCGAGAAGUUGGGCCUGAUAAUGUUUAUAAUACUGCUCGAGUGCUUAGCAGCUCGGAUUAUUCAGUUCCCAACUUGAAUAUUACAUGGGAAUUUUCUGUGAUUGGGGGCUAUAGGUACCUUGUUCGGAUGCAUUUUUGCGAUAUUGCUAGUGUUUCACUUGGCAUGCUUUAUUUCAAUGUUUACGUAAAUGGGAAUUUGGCCUAUGAAAAUUUGGACCUUUCAGCUGUAACAAAUUGGAUGUUGGCUUCUCCUUUCUAUGCUGAUUUCGUGGUUGAUGGUGAGAGUUCAGAAGUUUUGACAGUAAGCGUGGGACCUUCAAAUAAGAGCAUGACUCACGCUGUUGAUGCCAUUCUCAAUGGUGUUGAGAUCAUGAAGAUGAAUAACGCAAUGGGCAGUCUUGAUGGAGAGGUCUGUGCAGAGUCUAUUUUGAAGGGUUGGCAGAGGAGAAACAUCGGUGCUAUGGUUCUGUUGAUUGCAGCUGUAUGUUUAUUGGCAAUUGCAUCCCUGUUCAUCCGUAGGGCGAUCAGGGUCAAGGACUCUGUGGCAUGGUCACCAUUAUCUAUGGAUAUCUCUGAAGAUAAUCUGAUGAAGUCUGGGAUACAGCCACGAUUAGUGAAAGCGUGAUUUGCUGAUUAAAUGAGGAUUUUUGGAAGGUAUAAUGUUGGCUCAUUACGUCAAGGACCUAAGAAUGUUGUAUACCACUUUUGUACAUCUGAAGAUGUUGGGAUACCAUCGGCCUUCCAUAUUGUAAGCAAUUUCUAUGAAUAGAUUUUAAAUCUUCAAAUUUUAUUCAACUUUUGUGUAAUCACUGUAAUGUUGCUAAAGUUAUUCUCUACUUCUA